GCUGACUCAGAAGAGACUUCUUGCUCGCCCAGACUGGGUGCCUCAGAGACAGAGCAGAUGUUUUCCCUGCCAACUCUAGGGCCCCUGCCUGGGCUACAGGGGCCAUUCCCAGGUUACAUACCUACUUUCUUACGCACGCUUUGUCCUGGUGCCAGCCAAGGCCAGGUCAAGAAGGCCUGUGCCAGCACGGGCGGUGGGCGGGCGGUUCCCACCGCCGGACCCUCUCGAGGGGGCCAGCCCUGAGUCAGACACGAGGUUGGGACGGAGGCGUCCUCGUCUUGGCGGGAGGGCACUAGCCCGCCGUCUGGGGAGCCUUCCAGAAACAGGCGUUCCUGCAGGGCGGGGGAGGUCUGGAGCAGACGCAGCUGAAAUAGUUUGCUAGAAAGUGUUUCCCGGCGGCGGGGCCGCGUUGGCUCCGGGGGCACGUGCGCGGGACUUGGACUGCGGACGCAGUGCGGAUGCAGCUCGCUCACCGGCGGCGCUGGAGCCGGAUGUGAAGCCCUCUGGGGCUUUGCUUCUGACGCCUGCCUCCUGACCUCAUUUCCUCCAAAGCUGGGCACAAGAGCUGCUGGUGGGCCCCUGGCUGAAUCCAGCAAGGUGGCCUCAGGUGGACCUGCCUGUGUCACCCACAGAGCUGAGGACCCCAAGAGUCUGGUCAGCCUGAUCUGGACUCCAACGGCACAGUGAGCGGGCCUAGUGUUGUCCAUGGAGCUGCAGGCCCGGGCUCUCCAGCCAGAGGCCUAGGCCCACAGAGGACAGUGCCGCCCGGCAGAUGCCCCCAGGCUGCGGGAGAAGAGCGCCAGCGGUGGAGGAUGCCGGCCAAGGGGCGCUACUUCCUCAAUGAGGGCGAGGAGGGCCCGGACCAGGCCGCGCUCUAUGAGAAGUACCGCCUCACCAGCCAGCACGGGCCGCUGCUGCUCCUGCUCCUUGUGGUGGCCAUUGCCGCCUGUGUGGCACUCAUUGCCAUCGCCUUCAGCCACGGGGACCCCUCGGAGAACCAGGCUGUCCUGGGCACGGUGUUUGUGACACUGGCUGUGUUCGUGGGUCUCUAUGUGCUGGUGUACGUUGAGUGCCUGGUCCGGCGGUGGCUCCGGGCCUCAGCGCUGCUCACCUGGGCCUGCCUGGUGACACUAGGCUACGUGCUGGCCUGGAGCGCCUGGAGGAGGGCGGCCUGUGCGUGGGCACAGGUACCCUUCUUCCUGUUUGUGGUCUUCGUGGUGUACACGCUACUGCCCUUCAGCAUGCAGGUGGCCAUCGCUGUGGGUGUGGUCUCCACUGUCUCCCACCUUGUGGUGUUUGGCACCCUCAUGGGUGGCUUCGCUGUGCCCAGCGUUGGGGUAGGGCUGCAGCUGCUGGCCAAUGCUACCAUCCUCCUGUGUGGGAACUUGACAGGUGCUUUUCACAAGCACCAGAUGCAGGAUGCCUCCCGGGACCUCUUCACCUACACGGUCAAGUGCAUCCAGAUCCGUAAGAAGCUGCGUAUUGAGAAGCGCCAGCAGGAGAACCUGCUGCUGUCAGUGCUGCCAGCCCACAUCUCCAUGGGCAUGAAGCUGGCCAUCAUUGAGCGACUCAAGGAGGGCGGGGACCGCCGCUACAUGCCUGACAACAACUUCCACAGCCUCUAUGUCAAGCGGCACCAGAAUGUCAGCAUCCUCUACGCAGACAUCGUGGGCUUCACGCAGCUGGCCAGCGACUGCUCCCCCAAGGAGCUGGUGGUAGUGCUGAAUGAGCUCUUCGGCAAGUUUGACCAGAUCGCCAAGGCCAACGAGUGCAUGCGGAUCAAGAUCCUGGGCGACUGCUACUACUGUGUGUCGGGCUUGCCCGUGUCCCUGCCCACCCACGCCCGGAACUGUGUGAAAAUGGGGCUGGACAUAUGCGAGGCCAUUAAGCAGGUGCGGGAGGCCACAGGCGUGGACAUCAGCAUGCGCGUUGGCAUCCACUCGGGGAACGUUCUGUGUGGGGUCAUCGGGCUGCGCAAGUGGCAGUACGACGUGUGGUCCCACGAUGUGUCCCUGGCCAACAGGAUGGAGGCAGCUGGAGUCCCUGGCCGGGUACACAUCACAGAGGCGACACUGAGCCACCUGGACAAGGCCUACGAGGUGGAAGACGGGCAGGGCCAGCAGCGGGACCCCUACCUGAAAGAAAUGAACAUCCGGACCUACCUGGUCAUCGACCCCCGGAGCCAGCAGCCGCCACCACCCAGCCAGCACCUCCCCAAGCCCAAAGGGGAUGCAGCCCUGAAGAUGCGGGCUUCAGUGCGCAUGACCCGCUACCUUGAGUCCUGGGGUGCCGCACGGCCCUUUGCGCACCUCAACCACCGCGAGAGUGUGAGCAGUAGUGAGACCCCUGUUCCCAACGGGCGGAGACCCAAGGCCAUUCCUCUGCGGCGCCACAGGACCCCCGACAGGAGCACGUCCCCCAAAGGGCGUUCAGAGGAUGACUCCUACGAUGAUGAGAUGCUGUCAGCCAUUGAGGGUCUCAGCUCCACACGGCCCUGCUGCUCCAAGUCGGACGACUUCUACACCUUUGGGCCCAUCUUCCUGGAGAAGGGCUUUGAGCAUGAGUACCGCCUGGCAGCCAUCCCCCGGGCCCGCUAUGACUUUGCCUGUGCCAGCCUUGUCUUCCUCUGCAUCCUGUUUGUCCACAUCCUGCUGAUGCCUAGGAUGGUGCCUCUGGGCGUGUCCUUUGGGCUGGUGGCUGGCCUGCUGGGACUGGUGCUAGGCCUAUGCUUUGCUUCGGAGUUCAUGAGGUGCUGCCCGACCCAGGGGAUGCUCAAGGCCAUCUCUGAGAGGGUGGAGACUCGGCCCCUGCUGAGGCUGUCCCUGGCUGUGCUGACUAUCGGCAGCCUGCUCACUGUCGCCAUCAUCAACCUGCCCCUGAUGCCUGACCAAGCCCUGGGGGUGCCCGGAGGCAAUGAGACUUCGAGGAGCAGUGAGCUUCUCCCGUAUUAUAGCUGUACUUGCAUCCUGGGCUUCAUUGCCUGCUCUGUCUUCCUGCGGAUGAGCCUGGAGCUGAAGGUCCUGCUGCUGACAGUGGCGCUGGUGGCCUACCUGGUGCUCUUCAAUCUCUCUGCAUGCUGCAGCCGCAGCCUGGGCAACCUCACUGACACCGACUGCCCAGGCAACCUCACCAAGACCAACAGAACCCCCAGUGGCCACUGCUGUUCAGCGAGGGAUCUGAAGACCAUGAUCAACUUCUACCUGGUCCUGUUCUACAUCACCCUUGUCAUGCUGUCCAGACAGAUUGACUAUUACUGCCGCUUGGACUGUUUGUGGAAGAAGAAGUUCAAGAAGGAACACGAGGAGUUUGAAACCAUGGAGAAUGUGAACCGCCUCCUCCUUGAGAAUGUGCUGCCAGCCCACGUGGCUGCCCACUUCAUUGGCGACAAGCUAAACGAGGAGUGGUACCAUCAGUCCUAUGACUGUGUCUGUGUCAUGUUUGCGUCCGUGCCGGAUUUCAAAGUGUUCUACACAGAGUGUGAUGUCAACAAAGAAGGGCUGGAGUGUCUGCGCCUGCUAAACGAGAUUAUCGCUGACUUUGAUGAGUUGUUGCUAAAGCCCAAGUUCAGUGGUGUAGAGAAGAUCAAGACCAUCGGGAGCACCUACAUGGCAGCGGCAGGGCUCAGUGUCCCCUCAGGGCAUGAGAACCAGGACCUGGAGCGGCAGCAUGCCCACAUCGGGGUCCUGGUGGAGUUCAGCAUCGCCCUGAUGAGCAAGCUGGAUGGCAUCAACAGGCAUUCCUUCAACUCCUUCCGCCUCCGAGUUGGCAUAAACCAUGGGCCUGUGAUUGCUGGAGUGAUUGGGGCACGAAAGCCUCAGUAUGACAUCUGGGGGAACACAGUAAAUGUUGCCAGCCGCAUGGAGAGCACUGGAGAACUUGGGAAAAUCCAGGUUACUGAAGAGACAUGCACCAUCCUCCAGGGCCUGGGUUACUACUGUGAGUGCCGGGGACUGAUCAACGUCAAAGGCAAAGGCGAGCUUCGGACGUACUUUGUGUGCACAGACACUGUCAAGUUUCAGGGGCUGGGGCUGAACUGAAGGCUUCUGGAGGGGUCAGAACAUGGUGAGAAGCUGGCUUCCUCCCAGAGCAGGUCAAGAAGCUGGUCCCAUGCCAGUUGCAAAGGCCGUGGAUGGUUCUGGCCAUCACCACCCCCCAGCAGAUGGCUGUGCAUGGCUGCUAGGGAUUUGCACCAGAGGAGUCUCAGUCACAUGCACCACAUCCUGCUUGAAGCAACUGCUUAGCUAUAGCACAUGGUGCAGCCAGAACCUCUGUGCUGUCACUUGAAAGUUUCCAGGUCAGCUGGAAGAUGAUUCCUGGGAUGCUGAUGCCACUGUGCUGGUGGCUGGAAUUUUGUUCCCAGGUGCUGUGGAGGUGAUCUUAGACCAUGACUAAGACAGACAUCCACCUUGGCAGCCUGUGAGCACGCACAAGGGAGACUCACCUUUUCUAGGUCAAAGGAGGACUAAGCCAAGUUCUCUAGCAUGGGUUGGAGCCUCCCUUCUCCCUAGCAAGACAAGCCAUGGGAGGCUGAAUUUCUCACAUAGGUGUGGAAUUGGAAAAGGGUAUUUUACAAAUGGUUUCAACCAGUAGAGAAAAAACUCACAGUGGGCACUUGUUACUUCUUGUCAUCUCUGGGAUGUGUUUUAAAUAGAUACAUUCUUAAUAGGGGUUUUAAUCUUGUUAAUGACUUCUUAGAUACUGGACAAAAAUCUCCAGGGUACGUGUAAAUAGGACUACUGUCCAGUGUCCAUCAAUGGGAUUAGCUGGCUGUGGGGGAAUGGGGCUCACAGCAAGAAGGCAAGGAGCAGUGAACCUUGGCUCUGAGUCAGGCAGCUGUGAUGGAAGCCCCCUGGGAACAUGUUCAGUACGCUGAAAACUUAAGAGCAAGGAACCACCUUUUAGUUCUGCCCUGACUACUUCUGCACUUCUGAGGUUGCCCUGCAUUUUUAACUAUCUCGUGUUAUUUCAGUGGGAAGCAAUGGAGACCAUGUGGAGAGACCUUGGACAAGCUGCACUACAUCUUUCCUUUUCUUUAGUCUUCAUGUAGCUGGCUCUGGAGAGCUUCAAAACUAGAAGGAUCUACUCAGCAAUAGAUGUAUCAAGGUUCCCCCACCCAGGAAGCCAGGUUCUGACAGAUGAGAUAUUUUCUCUGAACCCAAAUGAGUCAAGGUAAAAAGCUGGCUUUGAGAUGGUAUCUUACCAUGGUUCAGCUCCAUAGAGAGCUGGAAGAAGUCAAACCAAACUGCCUGCCUGUUCCUUUUCUGAACUGACUUCACUGCUGCCAGAGCAUCUACUGGUAACACCACUAAAUGUCACUACAUCGAAGGGAUUCAUAGCUAGCAGCCAGCCAUGAGCCCCCUGAAGUUAUACAGAAAAUCUUGCAGAAGCCUUCAAAAGAUUAAUUAUACAGGGCUGCAGCGGCCAUGAUGAACUGCCACCCUUGCUGCAGAAUAGUGUGCAGGCAGGGGUGGUGGUCGAAAUGGGCCUGUGUGCUUGUCUCACCAGCCUGAGGAAGGGGGGCUGAUUCUAAUUUGCAAAAUGGUGCUGCAGCCCUGCUAUGUCAUAUGCAACUGAAAUCAGUAGGCAUUCAAAACACUUGCUCUGUAAAGGAAUUCUAUGGCAAAAAUCCCAGCAAGCCUUGCCUAAAUUGCUUUUUUCUACACCCCUUUUUCACAUAAAGGGCCAACUUCAGGGGAGUAUUGGACUGCAAUCUGUGCUCUCCCAAUUAAUAGGCCAGGGCUGCCCAGCUGGGGGCUCCUGGGGUAGGAGGGCUCCUGUUGCUGACAUAAGGUAAACAUGGAUCAGUGCAUGGGCUUCUCGAGCUGUGUUUCUACUCUUGCAACAUUCAAGGUACUCUCUUCCUUCGGUAGAAGUCCCAGCAAGUAGUUUUGUUUUGUUUGGUACCGGGGAUCGAACUUGGGACCUUGCGCUUGUGAGGCAGGCAGCGGAACCACUGAACUAAAUCUCUGGCCCCCCAGCAAGUAGUUUUAAAAAUUGGUCACCACUCAUGCAUUUUAUCCUCAUUUAAAGCACCGUGCUCAGAUAAUGUUUUAUAAGUUUUUAGUUUUCAAUGUUCAAAUUAUAGUUUAACUGACCAUAAGAAUCACUUGUUUCUUUUAAUGACUGUUUUUCAAUUACCAAGUAACUUUGCAAGUGUCAUUUUCUUUUGGCAGGAACAAAUGUUUCCCAACAAUGACCCUCUCUAUUGGGUUAAAGACUGGCUUAAGAGUUCUCCCUAAGGUGGCCUGACUAUGGCAAAUAACUCCUUAAGUCUUUCUGGUUACUUAUUAAGGAAAUUUCCUAACAGAAAAGAUGAUACUUACCUGCUGCAUACUUUUGUAUCUGUAACACAUCAGUAUACAGAAAUAUGCUUUGAGGUCGGGUAUGCAAGUGAUUAGGGUUUGUUCCCUGUAAGAUUAUUUAUAGAUCUGUCACAUUGUUUUGUUUCAUUUUUAUAAACUAUCAGUGUUGGGCUGUUCUUGAUACAUUAUAUUAGCAAUCUGGAAAAACUGUCCUAAGGUGUUCCAAAUUUAUCUUAUUAAUCUUCAGUUUACCGGAGUCCAGUAUUGCCUAAAUUGUAUUUGAGAGAUUAGCUUCUAGACUUGAUAAAAACAAACUGAACUGUUAGCAUAAUAUUCUAAGUAGGUUUUUAAAUUAGUUGUUUUAAAUUUCUUAAGAAAAUCA